AAUGUCAACGACCGGCGUUCAACUUCUUCAUUAAGGCUCAAGCAAUGAACCAAAUGGAGUUCAUAGUGAUGAAGACUUUCUGAGCAAUUUCAGCCACUGGAAUCCGGUCUAUAUGAAUGAAUGAUACUCGUUAACUACAGGAAAUUCAAGCAUGCAUGGAAGGAAGAUGAUGAAAAUGUACAGUUAAUUGCAAAUCCUGAUUCCUGAGCGGCGAAAUCUCAUCUUCAACCACUCUCACCUACCGUGUAUGAUUCUUUCUUCUUCUAAUGUGUUAUCUGCUUACGUAUAUUCAUUAAUGUCUAGUCCAACCUGUUUUUGAGAAUUUUUAUGACGCUGGAUUUGAUAUUUAAGCAAACCGAGGGUUUAUGACUGGUAACAUUUUGUCGUAGGGUUUGAUAUAAAGCUGUUUUGUUCUUGAUCUUGUAGUAGCUUGUACGAUAAUGAAUUCUAUGGUUGAUUACGGAAAGGAUGGUAGAAAAUCAAGCUAUUACGAUGCUAGAUUUGAAAAACCUAUCAAGCCUCUCGAUGACGAUGAGGAUGAUAGAAAAUCAAGCUAUUACGAUGCUAGAUUUGAAAACCCUAUUAGAGAAUCUAGAGAUGGUGGUACAUCGCGACCUAGGUCUGCCAUGGAAGAUUGGAGUGUGAGGAAGAAUGAUGUUGUUAGAAUUCACGGGAGUGGAAGAGAUUCUGUAGGAGGAAGGAUGAGGUUUUCAAAUUUCCCUAAUUCUGCUGAUGAUCAUCGAGUUGGUUCGAGUUAUCAAUCAGGCUAUGAUCCUUCCUAUAUGAAGAGUGCAAAUGUUAACCAUAUGCAUCCUGACGAAAAAGACGAGCUUCUGAAGAAGAUUGAUGAACUAAAGGAUCAAAUUAUGAGAUCUUGUGAUGUAGCAGAGAAGCCAAGGCAAAGAUUCCAAAACAAUAGAAUGAUGCCUACUCCAAUGCACAACACAUCAUCAUCUUCUAGGACCAGCCCUUAUGCUGGGGCAGGACAUGGAUACUAUUUGCCAAAUGUUUCAAACAGUCCACAGAGGCAUGUUCCUCGAGCCUAUUACGGUGAAGAUAAUCGGAAACCUCUUCCAUCAACCCGCAAUUUCAAUGGUCCUUCUCCACUGGUUAGAGAACGUGGGAAUUAUUGGUCUCCUGAAUUCAAAAGUAUAGAAUCUCAAUACGCAAGGAGGAGUGUUGAUGGAAAUCAUGUGAAUGAGUGUAAAGCUUUUCCUCAUGAGCUUGGUUGCUCUUGCUUGAAUUGCUAUGUUGAUAGUUGGCAAAUUCCAUCAAGAGAUCCUCAGUCAGUUUCAAAGAAUAAAAGAGCAUCCAAUGAUAGUACUCCGGUUACUUCUGGUUCUCUGAGAGGACAAUCCAAAAGGAAUUCAGAAACUGGAAAGAAACAAGUUUAUAAGCCUAUCGCUGGUGGUGCCCCGUUUAUAAUGUGCACAAAUUGCUUUGAGUUGUUGAAAUUGCCUCUAAAGGCUAUCAGGAAGGACAGAACCGAACAUCAAGUAUGUUGUGGAGCAUGUUCUUCUAUAAAUAUGGUCGAUGUGAAGAAAAACGGGCUUGUUCUAAGUCUUACAGCAGCCAAACAAGCUUUAACUGAAGUUGUUGAAUCCUCAGGGACAGAUGUAAUAGAUUAUAACCAUGCGAAACACGAUACGAAAGAGUCCUGGUCACUUGAUUUUGAUAAUUCUAGCUGCAAUUUCAACUUGACAGAUACUGAAUCAUCCAACAUAAUAUCAGUUGAUGAGAGAUCGAAUUUGGGUUGCAAUGAUGAGAAACAGGAUGAAUGUGUUUCUUCCACUUCCUGUCAUUUGGUACAUGAUCAGAAAACGGACAUCUCAAAAACUAUGAAGGAUAGCUUGCCAAUGCCUCUUCCAUCCUCUGAUUAUAUAUUGGGUGGAAACAGAAAAUUUGAGGAUAAUUCUGAAAAGAACAUAGUGGAAGAUGCUUCAAGCACAUCAUCCGAUGAUGAUAUUGGAAGCAAAUGUGGGGAAGGAAGCCAGAAGGAAACCUAUAGUCAAGACGAGGUAAUUGAAGACAGGAAGAAUUCUCACGAAAACCUGGACGGAAAUGGGUAUGUGGAAACUGAAUUGGAUGUUACCUUGAAUCCUGAGGAAGAUGCAUCCAUGGCAACUGAAAUCGAUGAUUCUUUUGUUGGUUAUUCUAAUGCUUCCGAUACUGGUUUCGACAAGAGAAUUCAAACAGACCUCUCAAGUUCCAGUCAAAGUGUUGAAGUGAAACCAAAUGUAUUUGUUAAUGGACAUCCUUUGGCAGAUCAUAUUGUUAAGAAAGCUGAAAAGAUGGCUGGACCUAUUCAACCUGGAAACUACUGGUAUGAUUUUCAAGCUGGAUUUUGGGGUGUAAUUGGCCAUCCUUGCCUUGGCAUAAUCCUUCCAUUUAUCGAUCAAUUCAGUUCGCCAAUGGAAGAGCGUUGUGCCAAUGGAAACACUGGCAUUUAUGUGAACGGACGUGAACUUAACGAAAGAGAUCUAGAUUUACUAUCUAGCAGAGGUCUGCCAACAACAAGAAAUAAGUAUUAUGUCAUUCUGUUUUCUGGUAGAGUUUUUGACAAGUACAGUGGCGAAGAGCUGACCAGCCUCGGAAAACUUGCUCCAACAGUUGACAGACAAAAAUGUGGAUUUGGCAUGCAAGUCCCGAGAUUCCUGGCGAACUGACAAUUCAAAUGCUCAUCGGGUCGUUCUGGUAUGUGCCUUUCAUUGAUGUUAUAUUGUAUUGUAUAUUGCAAGAUGGUUUUUAUUUAUUCAAUCUUGCUUUGUUAUUUAUCAUUAAUUGUUAAUAUAUUGAGAUGGUAAGAUUUAUUUAUUGUAAUAAUUUUAUCAAAUAGUAGUAGCAGUACUAAGUAUAAAAAAACUGUUUUAAGAUGUGUUAAAAGGGAAUAGGCAUCUUAAAUUUUGUAAAUUUUAAAAUCUGGUUUGAAAUAAGUUAUAUAAAAGGUACUAGGUAAGUAGUUGAGGGGGGUAAUUUAUUGACA